CCCUUUGUUUUAUUCUGGGACAUUUAUUUGCACCUGUAUGUCAAGUGUUGUGCGGAGCGGGAGGACAGACUGGAUCAAGCGCCUCAUGUUAACAGUCGUCUGUGGAUUUUAAACUCUCAAGCUGCAACAGGAUGGAGUUUUUCCACCGCGACCUCUUGGACGCGCAGUCUCCUUACGACUACACCUUUAAUUUUUGGAACGACUACCUCGGCCUGUCGACACUUGUGGCCAAAAAUAAGAUGAACAUCCCGUCGUGUAGUUCGAACUCCAUCACCGAGUCUCUUAAAGCCACGCUGGGUUUGGACGAUUCUCCGGUUUGCUCGUGCGUAAUUGGCCACGGCAGGGACGGCGAUGCGCAGUUGGACUGUUGCACGCCGGCGAUCUCCUACGAUGUGGUGGAGCGCAUCUCGCUUCUCAGGCCGUACCACUACCUCGCCGGAGAUUCUCCGCUGGCGGACCGGGAUUCACCCGUUUACAGAGGGAGCUUUACCGGCCUGGACCUGCUCUCCACGGACAAGAGGCACAAACAGACGCAGAGGGCCAAGUCGGAACCGAAGGUGUGCGUGUUCUGUCGGAACAACGGGGCGCCGGAAGAGGUUUACGGCACUCACAUCUUGAAGUCUGCGGACGGCAGAGUCCUGUGCCCCAUUCUCCGCGCCUACACGUGCCCGCUGUGCAGCGCCAACGGCGACAACGCGCACACCAUCAAGUACUGCCCGCUGUCCAAAGAGCCGCAGAGCCAGCGAGCGGCCAAAGGGGGCAGAGCGCUCGGAAAAAGGCUGAAAAUCUUCUAAAAGAAAUAAAAA